CCUGAGUCCAACCAAGCUCUGACCGUUUUCACGCAUCCGGGCCCUCAAAGAAAUUCGAUGUCUAUGCUCUUGGUUACACCCUGACAACCCUUCGCCAUUGCACCUCAACAUCAGCCUGCUGUCUUGCAACAAAUGCAACAGGGCUCAAAAGCCAUCGACCGAUCCGGAUCCGCUUUCACAAGGCUGUGACCGCCAAUGUGAGCCUGCGUAUCGCCGCGCACACAGCGCUCGGAGCAUCGCGCACUAUUGAGCAGGAUUGGCGGAUGCUGAAAGCUCUUACAAAGCUGGACUAGCCGCUGGUUACACAAUGCAGCCCCCGGAAGGGCCUUCGGAGCCUAUGCUCCCGCUUUUCCCUCUCUCUUUCGUUGUUGUGCCAUGGCCGAGUCGCAACACCCGGUAGUCAACCCCAUUCGCACGAGCGCGCUGCCCAUAUGCGAGGGAGAUGAAGAUGGCACGCGUACAGGCCCCCUUAUUCUUCGAUAUAGGCAGUUGCACGGACCAGGAACGGUCGGCAAUCAGGAAUCAUCGAGACAAUCAGCGGAGGGCGCUGCUCGACGAGUUGAGCACUCCGCUUCUCGGCCGCUUGAGCACUCGACCGCCUAUGCUGGUCGCUCAAUGCUCAUCAACGUCCACAAUCAGCAGGGCAGAACGAACACAUCGUCGCUGGCGCCUUCGACACAAGUCCCGACGAAGCUCAACCCCAGCGACAAGCUGAUUCCGAGCAACCCGCCGACGGUGCCGCUCCUCUCCGAGGGCCGACGGAGCGUGCCAGCUCAUGCCUCUCAGCCCAAUGUAGCUUCGCUUUAUUCUAAGCUCCAGGGGCUCAGCCUGUCUGCACCCAGGAGAAUGCCGGCCGAUCCGCCGGCUCAGUCCUCGACCACGCGCGGCGUGCAAAUCGACUUCACACGGAAUCGCCCACAGCGUCCGGCAGCAUCCAACGAUGCCCUAAUCGGACCACACCGACAGGAGCACGCGAUUAGAUCACGCCCCGAGAAGAUCGUCUGGUUCGCUUCUAUAGGUCCUCCGCUCACCGCCGUCCCCAUGGCUCCUACCCUCGCAAACGCUGGCGAUUUGUAUGUGAAUAAGACGGACGAAAAGGUGCAAGUCUGGCUGCGCGAUGUUUCAGGAGUCUGGUUACCUGUGGCCGAACGACACCCGCAUCCGACCAUCGAGGGUUAUGUUCUGCGCCUGCUCGAUAACGGCGAUCCGCGUUGGGUGACGAGGAUUACGUUUCGUACAUACCUUGGUCGCCAGAAGCGGCUAGGGCAGUUUGUCGAUGCCCCGUUGACCUGAGCGGCGCUGUAGUACUGCACGCCCCUGGCGUGAACAUCACGUUGUAGAUCAGUGCUUACGAGGAAAGCGGGACUCGGCUUAAGUGACCUAUGACCUCAAUAUAUAGAUCGUACACAGCGA